UUGUAAUACGAGAGCCGACAUGUCUCGUUAAUGCGUAGAUAGUGAUUUAUUAAGUAAUUAUCUGUUUAACGUCACGUAAAGUCACAGUUUUUAAUACCAGGGCCUACCUAUUGCAUUAAACAUGAGUUGAUUGAUUGAUUUAACCUCUGACCUAUGCUCGUCUUAUGGAAAAAACAGUAAUUUCUUGGUGCCCGUUGCAUUAUGCACACGUUUAGCUCUAUCAAUGUCACUUUACAUUAAAGUUUACUGUCUGAGACUCGUGUUUACAUUGUUUUAAUGCAACAAGCAGGCCUUGUAGUGCUACUGUAACCUCUGACCUGUGCUUUUCUCAUCAAUAUGCUGUAAUAUCUCGGUGCCUGUUGCAUUACGCACACGUUUGGCUCUAUUAAAGUCUGUUAUUUGUUAUUCAUGUCCUCUUUCUUGUGUGUCGUUUCAGAAACAUGGCUCCUGUGAAGUGCCCCUUUUGCCGCAAACCCCGGGCCAACAUGAGGCAACACCUCCGGGUAUCCCAUGGCAUCCUUAACCUCAGGGAAAGGCACCUUUGGGUCAGCUUUUCCCUGAGGAAGGUCACGGAGCCUUUCCGGCCGUGCCCGUUGUGUGGCCGGUCGGUCAAAUACAUCCGGCCACACUUCGCAAACUCCCACAAGGAUCUGUCGGACAAGGAGCUCAAGAGGACUGUCCGGCAUUUCCAGUGGGAGAUCACCAUGGAGAGGCUCCGUGAGCUUGAGGCCAGCAACCCGGAGGUGCCUCUCGUCACACUUGAUGAACCCUCUGACGAUCCUGACACGCAGAAUGAGGUCUGCCCGCCGGUCUGCCCGCUGGUCUGCCCGCCCGUCAUUCCUGCGAGCAGCGACCCUCACACUGGCUUCUCCUUUGAUGCCUUUCUAAUGACCAUUGGAGAUGGGGUCGAGGCCAGUGUGGGGGUCAAUGAAGUGGAGCCAUUUGAAAUGGACAUAGUGUCCAUGAGUUUCAUGGAGAUGCUUGAGGACAAUUCCAUGGAUCCUCUCCAGUGGGGGGAUACGCUCCUAGGGCCGCAGUACCCCUCACUGGAGGAUAUCUAAAAAGUUUUAAUUGUUUUAAGUGUUUAUCAAUGUGUGUUCAAUAAAGUUUUUAUAUGUGUUUUAA